AUGAGAUAAAGUCAGAGAACAGUAUGUCUGAGGAUAUCUAUGCCAAGCCAGACCUCACCAAGAAAGUUAGGUUUCAGACAGAGGAGAAGAAUGGAAAUGUAGACAUCUGUGAAGACAUCGAUUCUGUGACAAUCUAUGACAACUGCUGGGCAGAGGGAAGCACACCUCCGAAAUUACAGGACAACACCACUGAGGACCAACAGCAAACCAUUUCAGUCAGUGUCCCUCCAGAAAAGAGGAAUCUUGUCAGACCUGCUGCAGUGGUUCUGGUUCUGCUGGGUCUUCUCCUCCUGGCAGUAGUCGUUGCCCUGGUGGUCCUGUUGAUUCAAGACAAAAGUCUCAGUGUCAACCUGACCAGUGAGAGAGACCAACUACAGACAAACUACAGUGAAAUGAAACAACUCAAUCACAACCUGACGCAAAAGACAAACCAGUUAGAGAGAGACAAGGAAAAUCUCACCAAAGAGAGAGACGAACUAUGGACAAGUUACAGUGAAAUGAAACAACUCAAUGUCAACCUGACCAGUGAGAGAGACCAACUACAGACAAACUACAGUGAAAUGAAACAACUCAAUGUCAACCUGACGCAAAAGACAAACCAGUUAGAGAGAGACAAGGAAAAUCUCAUCAAAGAGAGAGAUGAACUACAAAAGCAACUCGAGACAUCAUUCUGUCCUGCUGACUGGAUAAGGUUUAACAUCAGUUGUUAUUUAAUUUCCACCUCAAAGAAAAGCUGGGAUGACAGCAAACAGUUCUGUGAAAAUGAAAAAGCACACCUGGUGAUUGUAUCUGGUACAGAGGAACAGAGGUUUCUCAGCUCAUUGGGCCACAACAUCUGGAUUGGUCUGAAUGACAAAGAAAAGGAAAAUGUCUGGAAAUGGGUUGAUGGAACAGAGGUCACCACAACGUACUGGAAAAACAAUCAGCCAGAUAAUGGAGGGUCCAAAGGUUCUACAGGUGAAGACUGUGUUCACAUUACAGACAUGUCUGAUUUAAAUAACUGGAAUGAUUUGAGAUGUAAUGAUAAAUUAUACUUUAUCUGUGAGAAAAUACUUAAAUGAAAUCAAAUUAUUAUGGUGCUCUUGGACUGUUUCCACAUCUGUUUUGCUCACA